AUGUAUUUAGACUUCACUCUCUCCCCGGGUUCUCGGAUCUCUCAGCUGAUUCCGCUUCAUUGGAACGCGUUUGUAUAUGUUCUUCAAGGCCAAGGACAUUUUGGGGAAGCAAAGUCACAACAUUCAACCGCUGCCGCGCAUCACUUGCUGAUACUAGGCCUAAGUGGUGAACGGUUAGAGGCUUGGAACGGUUCUGAUUCCGGUUUGCCACUUCGGUUUAUCCUUGUGGGUGGUGAGCCUAUAGGUGAACCAAUGGUUCAGUUUGGUCCUUUUGUUAUGAACACACAAGAAGAGAUUGAUCAGACGAUUGAUGAUUUUGAGAAUUUUACAAAUGGGUUUGAAAAAGCUAGACAUUGGAAGUCUCAAGCUGCUUCUGCCUUGGGAUUGUUCUGA